AUGGCGGCGGCGAAGGUGGUUACAGAGAAUUGUGAAGGGUGUAGUAAACUGUGUAGUGUAUAUACCGGCGGUACACGCUGCCCGAAGUCAUGCCAACUAUGCAUACUGAAGAAGUGUGACAAAAAUGACAGAUGUCAAUGUUAUGCUUGUACCUGCGGAUGUCAGGAUAAUGAGGAUGUAAAAAAAGGAGUCAAGCAGUGCAAGGAUUCAAAUUGUGACGCCUGCAAAGUACUUUGUCAGAAUUUGAAAGCAGAGCAGAAAUGUCGAUGCACUUUCUGUGACUGUGGAUGUCAAGAUGCUUUUAAGGAGGGAAAGCGGUGCUACGAGAGCACAAACAAAACGUGCAGCAAAUGCAAGGAGAAGUGCAAAGACUCGAAAGACGGCGCUUGUAUAUGCUACCUCUGCAGCUGUGGAUGUAAUGGAGUGAAUUGUCAGUGCUGUGAACGGUGUAACCCUGAGACCAGAUGUCAGGGUACCGGAAAGUGCGAUGCCGAGGAAGUACACGGAGAGAAGUGCCCCAAGGGGAUGUGCAAACAAAAGGCUGGCUCAUGCGCCGAAGUCACAUGCAUGUGCGAUGAUAUGGGUAUGGAAAAGCGAAAAGACCUAUGCGAGUGCAAAUGCAGGUGCGAACAACAAUGUCCCAGAAUCUUAUGCGACAAAAAGAGGAGCGGUGGAUCCAACGGCCAACGAGGGAUAUGUAAUAGGUCCACCAAAGACGAAUGCACCUGCGAAUGCCAAUGCAACUGUAAUGCCUAUGGCAAGUACUACGGCAAGAACGGCGACGUAGUUAGAAUCUGCGAUAAUGAUGAUAAUAUGCACGUCUACGCCAUCGGCAAAUGCCGCUUCAAGUGCACAAACUGCGGCAGGCUGUGCGACCAAGAUAGAUGCAUGAAUUGGAUACGUGUUAUAGUCAUAGGUUUGAUUAUUUUAGCAUCCUUGUUUGUCAUGCGGGCCAUAUUUCCCGAGAAGUUCCGCGCGAUAAUGACUAAAAUACGUGCCACAUUCGCCAGCUCGCCUGCGCAUUCCGGUAGAUCCCUGAAUAAUCUCGUCGGCCAUAGAAUUCCCGAGGAGACGAACGUUGACCGCUACCCCGCCUUCCAUCCAAAGACAUACGCUGGCUUGUCGUAG